AGAAUUUUUCUGCUAGUGGGUCUGCUUAUUUCAGCACUUGCUGCGGCUGUAGUAGCCGACACUUCUGCUAAGGAGGAGAAAGAUGCAGCAGAGGAGACGACCCAAGUAGACGAGGGAAAAUAUUCCAGAGGUUGCAGGUACGGUCGUUGCUGCCACUGGGGGAGGUACGGAUGCCUCAGCUGCUGCGCCGAUGAGGCUAAGGCAGCUGAUAGAGCCGAAACUGAGGAAAAGCUAGAUGAUAUACAGCCCCAAGAUGGUGGAGGCGGUCGUGGUGGUGCGGGAGGCGGCAGUGGCGGUCGUGGAGGAUCGGGAGGCGGUGGAGGUCGUGGAGGUUCCGGAGGCGGAAGCUCGGGAGGAGGUGGUGGGGGUCGUAGAGGUUCGGGAGGAGGUGGUGGGGGUCGUGGAGGUUCUGGAGGCGGUCGUGGAGGCUCGGGAGGCGGUGGAGGUCGUGGAGGUUGGGGAGGCGGAAGAUCUGGAGGAAGCGGUGGCGGAAGUGGAGGCGGAGGAUCAGGAGGAGGUGGUGGCGGUCGUGGAGGCGGUUCGGGUGGCGGAGGAGGCGGUCAGUGAAGCGGACGUAGUGGUGGCGAUCGUGGCGCGAUGGUUAUGACGAGGACGGCGAGAAGAAUUGGUUAGAAGUUUUUGUGAGUAGAGACGACACCGUCUGGGAUAGUAAGAAGGAGAGAGUAGUGAAGAAUAAAGUGCGUGGGUGGAUAAUGUGUGUAUGGGACGUAAGCAAAAGUUGUCCGAUUGAGGGAGAAGUACUUGUGUGUAUUUUAACUUUUUUUAAAAUAAAAAAAAAAAACAAAACUAAUAAUGGUAAUGGAUUAUAAGCUACAUAGAA